GUGGGACUGCAUACACACAUACAUAUGGAGUGAGGGAAAUAAGUCAAAGCAGUCAUCGAAUCAGGUAGAAUUUAAACAGACUGGAUCAAUGGGAGUCAAAUUUCGGGUGUUAAAUUUAGAUGCAAAUUAUUGAGCAGAAUCCAUCGAGGACUAUCUUCAGAGCUAUGGAGUCGUCUGAAAUUUUAGACCAUGACGACACAGUAAGAGAGAGUUACUCUGAUUCCAGUUUUGAGAACGUGCCUCUAGUGUUGUCAUGGCAACGAACCAAUCUUCUUCUCAGUAGCGAGACCGCCAGAACUGUGCUUAUAAUACUGGUGGCCGCCAUCUUGGAAUCCGUCGCCUUUUCUGCGGGCCAGGAUAGGUUCAUCACUUUCUACCAAAGUUUCAGUGAAAAUGAAACUAAAUCUGAUGGAAUCAGAUACCAUUUCUUAAGUUUAGGUGCGAGCUACUGCCUCAGUGCCCUGAUCGGGUUGGUUGUGGACAGCAUUCUUGGUCCAUAUGUAACCUGUGUUCUCCUUUAUCUGGUGUAUAUUAUAGGUAUGGUUUUGCUGGAGUUUGCACCGGGAGCGCAUGGAGACAAGACGACGAUGAUGGUGGUCGGGCUGAUAUUUACAAGUAUAGGUUUCGCAGGCAUUGAGACUAUCCUGCCGAUAUACGGAGCCGAUCAGAUACAGCAGCACCUUAAAGGCGUAUAUAUUCACUGGAUUUACCUUGGACAAAAUCUGGGGAUAGUAAUUUAUAACAUAAUGAGCAUCCUGGUGAAUUUACUGGGCGACAAGAAACUCUUCGAACAGAUUCUUCCCGGCACCAUCGGCAUUGUGCUGUCUUUCCUGGUUUUUCUCUCAGGGUCCAAGUGGUAUUCAAACAGUAAACUGAAAAGUGAUCGGUUACUGGAGGUUGGCAAGGCCCUGGCGUACAGGUGUGGUCUCCGCCGAAGACCCUCGAAUUGGAAGUCUUCCAACAGCUCAUAUUAUGUGCGACAGAAAAAGAAUAUAUCCAUUGCAAAACAACUUAUGCGGAUAGUUUUAGUGAAUUCAUCCGUGUUUGGAUUUAGCACCAUUGAUGCCAAGGUUUCGAACGCUUAUUACGUCCAGCAAGGCGGAUUAAACUCUGUUGUGGAGGGUGCAGAUCUGACCAAUGACUAUCCAGUAAUGUAUUAUCUGCUGUAUUCUGCGGAGUUGGCCGCCAUUAUUAUCGUAAUCCCCGUGUUGGUGAUUUGCAUCUAUCCGGCUCUUUACAGGAGAGGAUACAUGAUCAAAUAUUUCCCACGGAUGAGUUUAGGGCUAUUUUUUGCGGCGCUGUCUAUUGUAGCUGCUGUAAUCCUAGAAUACCACAGGCAGCAAGACUGUCAACAGAACAACGGCAAUGCCACCCUCAGUGCCUUCUGGCAGGUACCGCAGUACUUUGUGCUGGGGGUGGGGGAGAGCCUGACGUAUGUGACAGGGAUCGAGUACGCCUACCUGGAGACCCCCCGUGGCCUGCGGUACCUGGCUAUGGGGCUGUACAACCUGGCGUACGGCUUGGGCGUCCUGGCAGCGGUACUGAUUACCGUGAUCGUCACUAAAUACAGACCAGAAUGGUACCCCCAAGACCAGGCCUUGUGUCCACUAGGAAAACAUGGAAUCCAGAAUUUUCUUCUUAUCUUACUCUUCUUACUCUGCAUCCUGUUGGUGUGCUUUGUCAGUGUCGCUCUCAUAGUCCGGAGACAAAACCGCUCGAAGGAUUCAGAGGAUGAUGAACACAGUGGACCUAUUUACAUACGAACCUCUGCCUCGUGGAUGAGGAGCACGUCCAAAGACGAGACAAUGGUGAUAGGGACGCCGUCGUAUAACGGUAGUUCAAGUGACCGAACAUUUUACUGAAAAAAAAAAGCAUCUAUAGCGCAAGCCUCAGUUUCACAAAAAACUGAAGUCCGUUCCCUGGCUAAGUUGUGAGUGUUGGUACACUGCUUCUGAUAGGAUAAGAUGGGCCCAUGUGACCAUGCACGUGACUUUGGUGAUUUUAAUUAAAAUUUCUUAGCCUGGGAACCUGACCUGAUUUUAUUUAUUUAUUUAUUUAUUUAUUUAUUUAUUUAUUUUGUGAAACCGGGUCCUGGCCUUAAUUUGUGGUCGACUAUGUACAUGCCGUACACAGUAUGAUAGCUAGUGAACAUCAUACAUGUACAAUAAUCAAUUAAACCCCUAAUUUCCAGAGGGACAGCAGACCACUGGUUUGUGGAACAUGUAUAGGACCAAGCAUGCUUCUAAGAAAUCAUUUUGACCCAACAGAUAUACAUGCAGAACUUCGCUAGGAAUGGACCAGAAAACUGCAGGUCCUUCAUAUAUAGGCAUGGCUGGUUCUCUGAUGAAGCGAAAAUUUCU